UGAGAGCAUUCAGACAGUAAAGGAAAGUUCCUCAGCAUAACACUUCAUUUUUCAUUCGUACGCCCUUCAAGACUUGUUUCAGGUGGAUUUCAUUGGACCUAGUUAAAGUUAUGGCUGACGCAGUUCCAAAGUCUGGGAAAUGUGGUUCCUGUCCAGAGUUAAGGAUUGUUUUAAUCGGGGGAAGAGGAGAAAAUGGAAGUAAAAGUUCUACUGGAAACUUGAUACUCGGUCAAAAUGUUUUUGACACCAGUGGUAGAACUGCUCAAAGUACAGCGAGACAGAGAGAGGUUCACGGCAGACUAGUGACUGUGGUUGAUACUCCAGGAUGGUGGUGGGGAUAUCCACGAGAAGACACUCCAGAACUGGACCAGAUAGAAAUCCAGAACAGUGUCCAUCUUUGUCCUCCAGGUCCUCACGCCUUUCUUCUGGUCAUUCCUGUUGAGUUGAAUUUUCCUCUGAUUUUCAAAUCAUCUCUGAAAGAACACUUGGAACUUUUUAAUGCAGAUUUGCUCAAACACACAAUUGUGCUGUUCACUGCGUUUUCCUCAUACAAAGAGGAAAACAUUCAACAUUAUGUCAAAGUAAACCCAUCAGUUCAGCAGAUUCUUCAACUAUGUGGAAACAGAAAACAUUUUCUUCAUAUCAGUGACAGCGCUGACAGAACCCAAGUCUUGGAGCUGUUCAGGAAAAUUGAAGAACUGGUUACAAACAACCUCAACAAUCCUUACUCAGUGGAUGAAACUCAAGGAAUUAUUUUGACACAAAAACUUCAAAGUUUUGUAGAAAAUGCAUCAAGAAGACGCAACAAAGUGCAGAAAAAAAGACAGAAUCUCAGAGCUCUGAUUGAAGAUGUCAAAGACUUACCUGAUCAUUUAAAGUUGGUCAUAGUUGGUCAUGAGUGGUCGGGCAAGAGUUCAGCAGGAAAUAUUAUUCUAGGAAAAGAUGCAUUUGAAGUGAAUAAAAACUGGGAUAGUCCAAGAACAACACAAUGUGAAAUAGGUCACAGUGUGUUUGCAGACAGACGACUUACAGUUGUAGAUUCUCCCGGCUGGUUUUACAUCCUCACCCUUCAGGACACCAGUGAGAUGGACAAACUAGAAAUAGAGAAUAGUUUGUAUAUGUGUCCUCCAGGACCACAUGCAGUUCUCCUUGUGGUUGUUCUUGGAACUGCAAUUAAUGCAACGUACCAGAGAUCAGUUCAGGAUCACAUGAGUCUGUUUGGAGAUGAUGUUUGGAAGCACACAAUCAUUCUGUUUACAUUGAGUGACUUUCUUGGAGUGAAGACUGUAGAGGAGAGGAUAGAGAGUGAUGAAGGGCUGCAGUGGCUGGUGAACAAAUGUGAGAACAGAUAUCAUGUCCUGAACAACCUGGAGCCCAAUAAUAGAGAACAAGUAAAGGUUCUCCUGGAGAAGAUUGAGGAGAUGUGGGCAGAAAAUGAUGAUCCUUAUUAUGAAGUCGACCAGAGAAGAGCAGCAGAAAUGGAGACUCUGAGAGAGGAUGCAGACAAAAGAGCCAAAAAGAUGAAGAAGAUCAUUGAAAGACAGUCAAGAGUACUGAAAGAAAUCUUUAAAGAGGAGAGACAGUCACUCAGUGAGAUCAGAGUUGUUCUGUUGGGUCAGAAAGGAUCAGGAAAAAGUGCUGCAGGAAAUCGGAUUCUGUUCAUGGAAAAACUUGAAGAAGGAUUUCACACAGCUGGUAUUAAGAAGGACAAUGAAGAUCAAAGAGUUUCUGUGAAACAUCAAGGACAUUUUGAUGGAGUUAAAGUCUCAGUUGUUGAGGCUCCAGGCUGGUACAAAGACACAAAAGCUCCUGACUGGCUCAAACAUGAAGUUCAUCGUAGUGUUUCCAUGUGUGAUCCGGGGCCUCACACUUUUCUCCUGGUUGUUCCUGUUUGUAAAUCAUUCACUGACAAAGAUCUCAGAGAUUUUGUUGAUCUCCUGAAGCCCUUCACUUUGAAAGUGUGGGCACACUGCAUGGUUCUGUUCACAUGGGGAGAAUGGCUCGGUAAACACUCAAUAGAGGAUCACAUUGUCAGAGAAGGAAAAGCUCUUGAUGAGUUGUUGACACAGUGUGAUAACAGAUACCAUGUUUUCUGCUGGGAAGAUUCUGAUAAUCCUGCACCAGUUAAAGAUCUGCUGCAAAAAGUUAUUGACAUCUCAACACGAAACAGGGGAUGUUUCUCACAUGAAGACAAACAAAAAAAGGCAAAAAUUUUAUCCCGGCAAAAAAAACAAUCAACCCUGACAGAAGAGGAGUGGAAGAAGAGAGAACAGAUGCUGAUUGACAGAAUGAUGAGAGUUUUAGCGAAUGAACCAGAAGAAACAGGAAUACAACCUGUGAAGGUGGCACAAAGCAUGGAUGAUACUGUAAUUCCUGACAUGAGUGGAGAUGCUACUUCUGAAUAUGGGAGCAUCUCAGGACUUCGAAGAGGACACAGAAAUGUUUCUGAAUGGUUGAAACAACGUACCAGAUUCUCUGACGUUACCUCUGGGAUCAGCAGCGCUUCUUCAACAGCAACUCUUGUGGAGGAGUUUCAUGAAAAUCUCUCAUUGGAACAAGAUUAGCUGAACAUCGAUCCACUUCCAGAAAAGAAAGAAAUCACUGCAACUUUCAGAGCUUUUUAAAACACGACAAAUAUUCAGUGCAGACAUUCAUUUUAAACCACACAGACACAGAACUGAAACUAAAAUACAGAACAGAGGAAACUUUAAAAUGAUAAGGAUGUUGGUUUCUUACAUUCAUUGAUACAAUUACUAAAGAUUUACUUUUUUAAAACACUUAUUAGUCUUUUAACACCUUUCAAAUAGCUAAACAUCUUUUUACAUUUAAUAUUUGUUUUCUUUUGGUCUUUGAUUUUUUUAAUCAUAUAUUUAAGUGGUAACUUUCUGUUGUAUAAUAUUCCUCACGUUUUUUUCUUUUUUUUAUAUUUUAUUUUUUCAUGGAAAGUUGUAUUACAUUAUAAUUUAUUGUGCACGCUUGUCCACAUCUUAUACCUUACAAUGCAGAUCAUUACAAUAAGAGAAAAAAAAACACAAAGACUAGCAUUAAAGUUUAAAGAUUGCACAAUCCAAAAGUUAGUUUAUAAAGUUAAACUCUGACCAGGUUGGUUUGACAUAUUCUGUCCAUUUUGACCAUACUUGAUUGAACUGAUCUGUCCGUAUUUGAAUUUAAAAUGAGAGUUUCUCCAUCGUGUAAAUACUAUUGAUAAUUGUGAUCCAUGCCUUUAUUGUUGGUGGUUCCCUGUUGAGCCAUCUUUUAGUAAUUGCUUUUUUACUCGCUGCCAGCAGGAUGUAUACAAGUUUUUGUCUGAUGGGCUAAGACCUUCAUGAGUCCAGUUACAAAGAAAAUGGGAAAUCAAUCAUAAACACAUUCUUUAGGUGUUUGUACAUUUCUAACCAAUAAUUUUGAACAACUGAACAGCUCCAAAAUACAUGUAAAUUAUUUGCUCCACUGCUUCCACAUCACCAACAUUCAUCUACAUUAUUUUGAUGUUUCUUCUGUACAGGGGUGAUAAAAAAUCUUGUGACAUUUUUCCAGCAGAAUUCACACCAUGAGUUUGAACAGGUGGUGGUCCACUGCACAUGGAAUAUCCUUUCCCAACUUUCUUGAGUGAUUGAUAAACUUCCUUCUUUUUCCCAUUUUUUCUUUAUGUAACAUGUGUUAUGCCUUCCACUCUGUAUCAUGCCAUUGUAUAGCUUAGAAAUGACUUUGGUUGGUGAUUUUGUUUUUAUUAAUGACAUAAAUAUUUGUUUAAAAAAAACAUGGUCUUCUAUAAGAAUUUUAGUGUUAUGGUUGAAGUAGUGCCUGAGUUGUAAAUACCUGAAAAAGUCCACUUGGUCAAGAUUAUGUUUUUCCUUAAGAGUGUCAAAAGCAAGAAGUGCCUCCUUGUGGACAAAUGAGAAGUAGUCUGUCAACCGCUUACUGAUCCAGUUCAGGAAUCUAUUGUCUUGUCUGUUUGGAAUAAAUUCAGAAUCUUAAACACACCGUGUCAAUAUCUUUGAAUAAUCCUCCGGAUGAAAGUUUUUCUCUGUUUUUCUUCUUUCUCUGAUCCACUGACUAAGUGGUUCAAUACAUAAAGUAAAGAGGAGUAGAGAGAUACAGCAUCCCUGUCUUGUUCCUCUCUCUAAAAGAAAAGAUUCUGUGAGAUCUCCAUUUAUCUUAAUCCUUUCUACAGGUUUUUUAUAGAGUCCAGAGAUUAUUUUGAUUAUGCAUUUAUGAAAACCAAAUUUAUCAAGCACUUUAUAGAGGAAGGACCAUCUCACUGAAUCAAAUGCUUUUUCUGCAUCCAAACUUAUCACUAGACUCUCCAGUUUUUGUAGUGAAAUCUGUUCCAGAAUGUGUAGAACUCUUCUAAUGUUGUCCUGUGUUUGCCUUUGUUUAAUAAACCCUGUCUGGUCCUGGUGGAUUAAAUUUGGUAAAACUGUUUCUAAUCUUUUUGAUAUGAUAGAAGUGAAGAGUUUGUAGUCUAUAUUUAACACACUAAUUGGGCGAUAGCUGCUACAUUCUACUCGGUCCUUUCCCUGUUUUAGGAUGACAGAGAUAAUAGCUUCAUUCCAUGAAGGAGG